CGCCAUGAAGGUUGAGCUGUGCAGCUUCAGUGGCUACAAGAUCUACCCGGGGCACGGGCGGCGCUAUGCCAGGACCGAUGGAAAGGUUUUCCAAUUCCUGAAUGCAAAAUGCGAGUCUGCUUUCCUUUCAAAGAGGAACCCUCGUCAGAUCAAUUGGACUGUUCUGUACAGACGGAAACACAAGAAGGGGCAGUCUGAAGAGAUUCAGAAGAAACGUACUCGCCGUGCAGUGAAAUUCCAGAGGGCUAUCACUGGUGCCUCUCUGGCUGAAAUCAUGGCCAAGAGAAACCAGAAGCCCGAAGUACGAAAGGCUCAACGAGAACAGGCUAUUAGAGCUGCCAAGGAAGCAAAGAAGGCUAAACAGGCAACCAAGAAGGCUGCCCCUGCAAAGGCACCAUCAAAAACUGCACCCAAGCAGAAAAUAGCCAAGCCUGUAAAGAUGCAGGCACCCCGUGUCGGUGGAAAACGCUAAAUAUACUUCUUGUGGACAUUCUAAUAAAUCACUGUUUUGAAAACA